GUUACUGGUGAUUAUGGCGAAGUUUGCCAAAUGGAUGUGAAGUGUCUUAUAAAGAAUAUCAUUGGCGAUUUUAUCAAAUAAUUUUUAUCGAGCCAUACCUGAAAGUACAAUAAUAGACUUGGCUGGAACCUGCAGCCUGAUUAAAUAAAUAGUAUUGUCUGUCUCUUGAACUGCUCUACCAGCAGUAACCCAACUACCAUCCCGUCCGGCGCAAAUAGAUCAAAUCAGAUCCACAACCAAAUUUUUUUCAUCUUUUAUUAACAGUUUUGGACACAUAACCUUCUUAAGGCAGUGCAUUGUGUAUUUGAAGUACGUAAAAACAUGGAGGGCCAACAAUUUUGUUUACGAUGGCACAAUUUUCAAAAUACAUUGUUGAGUUCUCUUCCUAAACUGCUUGAUGGUGGUUAUUUAACAGAUGUCACAUUAAGUGCUGGUGGUAGACACAUACAUGCACAUAAAAUUAUCCUUUCUGCUUGUAGUUACUACUUUAAAGAAUUAUUUAAGGACUUAAGUUCUUUGCAACAUCCUGUAAUUGUAUUACCAGGAAUGGAAUAUGCAAAUUUAUGUGCACUUGUCACAUUUAUGUAUAAUGGUGAAGUAAAUAUUUAUCAAGAGCAAUUACCUGCACUUUUGGCUAUGGCAGAUACUUUACAUAUUCGUGGAUUAGCUGAUAUAGCCGGGAAAAAUUCGAGACACGAUAAUGGUUUAUACGUUCAACCUCCACCAACGCAACUGCAGGAAAAAACAUUAGACGAAACGCCGAUAAAAAAAGAAAAUAAAGACAAUGUCAUAAGCGGUGGAGAAUCUUUAGAAACGGUUUUAGAUACAGAUGUAGCUGAGAACAUGGAAGAACCCUUCAAUGAUCAAGAAAGUAUACCUUAUUGUGUGAAGACUAAGCCUUACUACUCCAUUAAUGCAAAGUUAAAUCAAAGAGAAAAAGUCAGUAUUCCUUCCAUUAAUGCUUCUACCAACAAAUAUGCUGAGAAAGCAUAUUCGGAAGCUGGAAUAGAUGAGAGCACACCUGUUUUAGAAGAUCAAAUUACUCCUGUGGAAGAUAUAAAGCCUCCCCCUGUUUGGGAUGCGAAUUUCAAGUUUUUGACAACGUCUGUGGGCAGUAGAACUUCUCAGAAUUACAAUAAAUCUAGUGUCACUUGUCUUAUUUGUGGAAAACAAUUAAGUAAUCAAUAUAAUUUGCGGGUACAUAUGGAGACACACAGUAACAGUUCGUAUAGCUGUACAGCUUGUUCACACGUAUCAAGAUCACGAGAUGCGCUUAGAAAACAUGUUUCUUAUAGACAUCCAGUUGCGUCGUCACAAAAACGUUCACGAUAUAGUACACCGAAAUCAUAGAAACUAGAUACCUUGGUUUAUAUUAUACCCUUUGUUUUAGACACGUCUUAUUUAAAACAUAAAUUUUGUGCUAUUUAAUUUGACUUAAAUACUUUAUUAACUAAAAAAUUAAAAAAAAAAAGGGGGAGAAGAAAAUGGUUAUAAAUCAAAAGUUGAAGAUUUAGUUACACAUUUCUUGAUUUUUUUUUUGUUAUUUAUUGUUAGAUAUGUUUAUAUCUUUUAAGUAAUAGAUUUAUAAUUUGAAAGAAGGUUGAAUCAAUAUGAAAGUAUUGAUCUUUUAUUGUAAAAUUAUUAAAAUGCUUCCUUGUCUAAGUGGUACAUACUCUGUACAAUUAUUUAUUUAGUUGAAAGGAGUCCAUUAUAGCGUGUAAUGGAUUAAAACGAAGAUACAUAAAGACUACUUCCCAACUUAUAUGAUUCCUUUUAACUAUUUCUUUCUUUUUUUUGGAUUUAAUACUUAAACGUUGCAAUUGAAUAUAAGAAUUGAAUAUUUUAUUAUAUGAAAAUACAUUAGGAAAGGAUUUAAUAUGAAAAACUUACGUACCUCAUCUUUUUAAGAAAUAUUCAGUACUAGACUGAUUAAGAAUAAGGCAAGUAAGAUCUUGAUUAUGUUGUUUUUAAAUGUACAAAUAACUUAUAGCGUGAUGACGUUCCUCGAAACCCUUAGUGUUCGAAUUGUUACUGUUUUCUUGUUAUCGUUACACUGUUUUAAUAAAGACAAAGUAGACAUUAGACAGACA